AUGUCGAGUUCGUCAAGCACCAACAUCAGAACGUGCUAUUGUGGAGAUACGGUUGGGAUGUGGACAUCAUGGACUCGAAAGAAUCCAGGUCGGAGGUUUUUUGGUUGCCCAAAUUACAUGGAUGAAGAGAAGGACUGUGGGUAUUUUCGUUGGAUUGACCCACCACUAUUGAAUAAGUGGUAUAAAGAAAGAAUAUAUGAGUUAGGAGCUGUUGCUAAUGGGGGUGUAGCUAUUCCUUUUAAUAACCCUGUUAAUGAAGGUGAAAUACCUGUUGAUGGCCCUAUUGCCCCUGUGAAUGUUGAUGUCCCUAUUGCCCCUACGAAUGCUCUUGAACCUGAUAAUCAAAUUGCAAUGUGUGACAAUACACAUGUGCCUAGUAAUGAAUUUGGAUUCUGCAAGUGGAUGAUGGAUGGUCAAGAAUCAUUUAGAUCAAUAACAAGAUCUUACUACAGAGGUGUUGCUGGUGCCCUUCUUGGUUUGCAUAAAUGGUGUACACUUGACAAAUAUAACCAUAUUAAGGGCAUUCACAAUGUUUCAAUGUGGCUAAAAUAA